AGAAAGUUUUUUCUCAUAAACGAUUGACACGAAUCACACAUACACGGCUAAAGAAAGAGCGGAGAGGUGUUGGACUCAAAUUGGAAAAAUCGAAAGAGUAAAAUUUAAACGCACGCAGAAUUGUGAAGAAUAAACUUUGAUUGCAUUCCAAUUCGCAGCCAAAUAGCAAUUUCAAAAGAAAAUAUUACAUGAAUUGAAUGCAAAAAAGCGAUUUAAACCUCUGUGCAAAAGCCGAAACCAGUUGGUUGGAAAAAGAUAAAAAAGUCGUUUCGAGUUUUCGGUGCUUCAUCUUCGCUGGUAACAAAUGAGGUCUAAAGAACUGGCAAGUGCGUGAGCAAAUGCACAUGCAAAUAUACUCGUAUAAACCGAAACGUGAUAAAUAAAAAUUGUAAAAAACGAAAAAUUGUAAAGAACGGAACUUUAAACUAACAGUAAUCAUAGUUGUCAAUCAGUGAGCAUAAGCACCACAUAGAUUCCAGCGCGAACAUCUAUCAACUCCAUUUGCAAACGGCUAAGACAGCACCAAAAAAGCGCACAGCAAUUUAAAAAGCACCAGCAUCAUGACUAUGGCAGGGCAGACCAUCAACGAUCGGCUAUUGGCAGCGCGGCAUAGCUUGGCCGGUCAAGGCCUAGCUAAAUCAGUGUGCAAGGCCACCACAGAGGAGUGCAUCGGGCCCAAGAAGAAGCAUUUGGAUUAUUUGGUACACUGCACGAACGAACCGAAUGUCUCCAUACCACAUUUGGCCAAUUUACUUAUUGAACGCUCACAGAACACCAAUUGGGUGGUGGUCUAUAAAGCACUGAUAACCACUCAUCAUUUGAUGGCCUAUGGUAAUGAGCGAUUCAUGCAGUAUUUAGCAUCCAGCAAUUCAACGUUUAAUCUCAGUAAUUUUCUGGACAAAGGCGGGGUGCAAGAUGGCUUAUCGGCACCGGGUGGCAGAAUGGGUUAUGACAUGUCGCCAUUCAUACGACGCUAUGCCAAAUACUUGAAUGAAAAAUCGCUCUCAUAUCGUGCAAUGGCUUUUGAUUUUUGCAAAGUAAAGCGCGGCAAAGAUGAGGGUUCUCUACGCACCAUGAACGCUGAUAAGCUGCUUAAGACAUUACCGGUGCUGCAAGCGCAGUUGGAUGCUCUAUUGGAGUUCGAUUGUCAGGCCAAUGACUUGAGUAACGGUGUCAUCAACAUGAGUUUCAUGCUGCUCUUCCGCGACUUGAUACGUUUGUUUGCGUGCUACAAUGAUGGCAUCAUUAAUUUGCUCGAGAAAUAUUUCGAUAUGAAUAAGAAGCAUGCACGCGAUGCUUUGGAUUUGUACAAAAAGUUUUUGGUGCGCAUGGAUCGUGUUGGUGAAUUUCUCAAAGUUGCUGAGAAUGUUGGCAUUGAUAAGGGGGACAUACCUGACUUAACUAAGGCUCCCAGUUCUCUUCUGGACGCUUUGGAACAACAUUUGGCUACUUUGGAGGGUCGCAAAGUAUCCGCUGCUAAUACACCAACUCAAUCAGCAAGCAAUCAGAAGAAUGUAAAAUCCGCUGUCACUGCCUUAUCUUCCACCAGCUCAUCAUUCGGCACAGCCGCUGCAUCUAGCAAAUUCGACACCACCAAUGGCAUCGAUGAGCAAUUGAAAGCACAGGUAUUAGCAGAGGAGGAGGCAGCUAUGAAUCAAUACAAACAAUCGAAGGUCUCUUCACCUACAGCAGGCGGUGCUGGUGCUGCACUAACAAAUCCAUUCUUAUCGUCUCCGCCAGCCAGUAGCGCUGGCGCACCGAUAGUCGAUCUGUUUGGUGCAGCUCCGGCAACGGCUGCCGGCACUACUGGUGCCGCCGGUGCAGGCAGUGCUGCGGGCGGCACUAAAGCAUCUGAUGACUUGUUACAAUUGGGAAAUCCAUUCGCUGAUAUGUUCGAUGCACCUGUUGGUGGUGUAGGCGCUGGUAGCGGUGUGGCAGCAACAACAGGUGGUGCACAGAAUGCUAAUAAUAUUUGGAUGCAUAAUAAUGGUUUCAAUGGUGCGCCUUCGGCGGCUGCUAACGCUUUCGUUUCGGACAGCAACUUUUCAUCCGUUUUUGGUAAUACUGAGCCAUCUGCUGCUGCCGCAUCUCCUUCAGCAGCCUUGCCAAAUCCAUUCUUCGACUCCAUGGAUGCGUCGUUAUUUGGUGCACAUCAACAACAACAGCAACAAUACCAGCAAACGGAUUUCUCAACCCACAGCGCCACUACUGCUUAUAUGCCACAGGGAGCGCCAGCCGCGCAACCACUCUUUAUGAACACAACAACUAUGGUGGCGCCGGCGCCACAACAAUUCCCACCAGGCUUUGAUGCUUUGGGUGAUGUACUGAAACCGGGCAUCACAUCCACACAUCCAGCCGCUUCCAAUCAAACAACUAUUGUUACUUCAGGUGCUCUGGGCAUGGUUGGCGGUCAGCAACAGCAACUACUUAACCAACAACAACAGCAGCAGCAACAAUUUCAACAACAACAACAAACACAGCCAACUAGCACUGGCAAAAUACUCACUGGCGAUUUGGAUAGCUCGCUUAUGUCACUUGUAGAUAAUCUGAAUAUAAAUAAAUCGAGCAGUGCAAAACCUGUGCAAUGGAACUCACCGAAAAAUACAGCGAAACCCGGUACUAAUUGGACACCUCAACCAAUGGCUGCUACAACUGGUGCUGGCUAUCGCCCAAUGGCACAUGGCAUGACAGUAAGUCCUGCGCCUAUCACAAUCCAAAACCAUCCGUAUAUACACGCUAGUUAUCCUGUUAUACCAAAUUAUAUGCAGCAGGGAAUGCCGGUGAUGGGACAACCUAUGAUGGGCCAAGCCCCUUUGACUGGGGUGCAACCGACGAUGGCGCCAAUGAUGGCAGCGGCGCCGCAAGCGCUGCACAGUAGUGCGAUAACAAUGCAACCACAAUCGAUCCACCAACAACAACACAAUGGCAGCAAUAAGGGAGCGCCACCAGAUCCAUUCGGUGUUUUAUAAGAUGGCCGACACGCCAGCCGACAUGAGCAACACUAACAACUAUAACAACCCAACUAGGAGUAAGCGCAGCGCAGAGCAGAGCUGCUGCAUUGAUGUGUGUGCCGCCAUCCAACAACAAUUCGCAUAAACAAACCAUAUUUAAAUAAUGCGCGGGUAAGGGGGGAAUGCAACAAAAAAAAAAAAAAAAUCAACAAAAAACCAAAAUUGGGAAGGGGCGUUGCCGUUGAGUGGGGGUGUGUAAGUUAGCUUAGCUGGGGUAGAAAAUGUUGAUGCCUUCCAUUUGUAAGGGGACACGAGCAAGCGGGGUGCAUGUAAUGCAAGUUGUGCAUGUCAUUCAUAAAAACAAAGAAAAUAUAAUAUUACAAAACAAAAACAUGUUUGAAAUUAUAAAUAAAUUAAUUAAAUACAAUUGAAUACUAUUAUGAUUAUAUUAUAUUAUACACAUUAAAUGCAAGCAAACAUAAAUGAAAAAACAAAACAAACAUAAAGAAAAAAAAAAUGCAAUGAAGGAACGUUAAAUUUAGUAAAUACACAGAGAGAAUACCAUAAAAUACAUUAUUGUAUUGUAAUAUUUCUUAUAAUUAUAAUUCUGCUAUUGUAUUAUGUAACUGCAAAUACCAUUUAACAAAAUCACAAAGAACGUUUAUUGAGAUGCGUAAAUUAGCAAACCACAAAGAGGAAUACAAAAUAAAUAAAGAAGCAUAAUAAAUUACACAUAGAAUACUUACUAUUAUAUAAUAUACAUAUAUGUACAAGAUAUUGGUAUAUAACUAUACACACAUACAAACAUACACCCAUGUAUAUGAAUAAUGUAGAAACUUCUAUAAAUUAGUUAUGUAAGUGACACUCAAAGCUGACAUGCUACUGUUAAAUUACCCAAAUAAAGUUACAUACAUAUGUAUAUGCAGUGAAGAAACGAAAGCAAAGAAUGUUGAGAAUUUGAGAAAAAAACAAAACAAAAACAAAACAAAAACAAAACAUGAUACAUGCUGGGUUAUAAACAAAGUAAAAUAUACUAAAAAAAAUCAAUUUGUUGUAGUUUGUAUAAUGUAAAGCAGGCAUCAAAUAUAUAUGUAUGUAAAAGUGUUAAUUUAUACAUUAUAUAACAUACAAAAGUAGCAGCAAAGAAGAAAAAAUAAGCACAGCAGAAAGUAAAACAAAAUAUAUUGUCAUGUUGAAAAUAUGCAGAUUAAAUGUGUAUGUAUGUGUAUAUAAAUCAAAUAUAUAUGUAUAUAUAUUUAUAAACAAAUGCGAAAACCGAAAGUUCAAGUUGAUAAGCUAAAGAGAAAUGCUAAAAUAAUUACUGUUGCAAAGUGCGGUGUACUAAUCAUAUACAUACAUAUAAACAGACAUAUUUGCGAUUGAUUAAGCUUUGCAUUCAAGAAAAUGAACACAAUACAACACACAUUUGCUUUGCACAUACAAUUUUUUUUAAUUUAAUACUUUUGUAAUGGGACACAGAUGAAUUUAAAUUUAACUAAAUUCUAUUUUAUAAACGUCCGUUGUUUUAGUUAAGUAAUUUAAUUUUCUUAAAAUUUGUGUAAAAGCGUUAAUUUUGUCCGUUGAAUUUUGCAACAUUUUAUAUGUUUGCUCAUGUACAUUCAGUGCAAGAGAUGAAUUAACCAAUCGCUGUUGUACAAUGUCGACAGUUUGAAUUCAUAAUUUGUCAAACUGUUAAAUAUAUAAUAUCUUUCGAGUAAAAGUCCCGGAAACUUUCUCUGAACCGUUUGUAAUUAUGUCGUUGUUGGUGCAAAAUCAACUAAAAUCGGUAAAGAUGUUUUUAUAAUCUUAUCUUCUUGAUGAUAUAUGUAAAACAAAUUAAGCAUGCUUACUUAGUAGCUAGCCUAUACGCUUUCUUCUUUGAAUUUGGUCAGUCAGUCUGACUUAAGAUUACUUCUUGACUGUUUUUGGUGCAUAAAGAUCAUUAUUAAUGACAAUUCUAUUAAUAUAGUGCAGUCAAAGUCUAAUGUGUCUCAUAUAAUUAAAAUAAGCUUUGCUAGCUAAAGUAAUUUCAUAAAAGAAAACUUCUUUUCAUCACUCUCCAUUAAUUGCUUUUCUACCAUAACACGGCAUAUAGUAAACAUAUAGACUUUAUAGAACACUCCGUGGUUUGUGGUCUGUAAUCUGAAACCUUACUUUCCUUAUUUAUAUGAACCUCAUAAGUCGUUCGCAGUCCUGUCUCUGCAUGUUCUGCUGUUUCUAUAUUCAAUUGUAAGCGUUCAUAACUUUUUAAUUUGUGUCUCGCAUAUAAAAGAUUUCAAAAUACACUGAAAUACUAAUUAGUUGCUAUUGCAUUAAGCGAGUAGCGCUGUAGGUAUUCCUUUCUGUUCUCAAAAAAUAAAAAUAAUAAUAAGCAUUCCAAAUUAAAAGAGAAAUUAUAUGCGUUAACGUUUCUUGAAAACUUCGUAUGUUGGUAUUAAAAAUAAAUUUAUUAAAUUAAAUAAAUUUGUUAAAUAUUUUUUAUUAUGUAAAUUUUCUAUAAACAUAAUUUUGACCUUUUAGUAUUCAAUUGUCGCAUAAUUUCUAAAAUAUUUGCAAAAUGUAGAUUCUCUGCUAAAAUGGUUUUAAAUGUGUGAUUUUUAUUUUUUCUUUAUAUUAAAAUUUGUAGUUAUUUCAAAUAGUGAGUAUUGCGAAUAAAUAUUAAUUUUAUGUAUUUCUAGUUGGCAUAUACCAUUCGACGAUAUGCUAUGUAAUUAUGUUAAAUAUUAUGUAUAUGUCUCUGUAUGUAAAUUUGCAUAUUUUGUUUGUAAAUACAACAGAAGAAACACUUUUCAAUUGUAUUUGAAGUGAGCGUUGGCAAAUGUAGAGAACGAUAAUUUAUAUUACCAUAAACGACCAAUACCAAUAAUUCUGAACUGUUUUGUGUAAGUUAAUUGAUAAAAACGAACCGUAGCUUAUGAUUGUAAUGAUGAUGAUAAUAAAAAUAAAGAAUAAUUAAAUGCA